UAUUUAAGUCCCGGCGUGACGUACCCACACACGUACGGACAUUAGAGAACAAAGAUCGACUCUUCGUAGUAACAUACCUACCUAACAUAUAGCAGGACGUAAUAACAGUCUUGACCUUUGUAUAGGUGGGGUACUUUUUUGUGCCUAAAUUCCAAUAAGCCGCUAGAAUGUUUUUUUCGUCAGUUACCACUGUUUAGUGUACAAGUAUACUAGGCAAUAACACAUGAAUGUGGCAAACGGGAUUAUGUCGAUUUCUCUACAUUAAAUAUUAUAUCACAGAACAACGCGUGAAAUCGUAUUUCGAUACUUGAAUAUUUAUGUGUGAUGUACCCAUGAGUGUAAAUGUUGUUUCGAAUUGUUUAUAUUAAUAUUUUUGGUACAUCAUAAUACAACAACAGAUUAAUAAUCAUUUACUAACUACGGUGGUUACCAACGCCGUUCACCGCACUGACAACUGAAAUAGUGAAUACUGAUCCGUGAUCGUCGCCAUAGACAGGAGCCGUUCACCGCGAGAUGAAAAACGUAUUUCUCAUCACUGUCAUCGGGUCGCUGAUUGCGUUCGCGUACGUUACUUACGCUUGCAACGAGGCCGUGUGCGCGUCGAUCGUCUCCAAGUGCAUGAUCACACAGUCGUGCAAGUGCGACUUGGUAAACUGUUCGUGCUGCAAAGAAUGUUUCAGUUGCCUCAACAAUCUGUACAGUGAAUGCUGCUCGUGUGUGGACAUGUGUCCAAAACCAAAUGUUACAACUAAUGAACUGAGUAGAAAAAGUCAUGUUGAAGAUCUAUCAGAUUCCGUAGUAACUUUGUUUACUGCUCUUGUUUCGGAACCAGACGUACAACAACGAUGGGAAUCUCUAACAUACCCCAUUGAUUUAGACAUUGAAAUGUUUAAACCAGAUUUUCAGAAAGAAUUCAAGUUGUUGCAAAAAAACUCUGCUCAAGAUGUAUCUUCUAUGAAGAUUACUCUGAAUUGUUCUGUUGUAUUCAUGAAUCAAUGUUUAUCUUGGAACAAAUGUAAGGCAGCUUGUAUAUCAAUGGGUGCUAAAAGCUAUCGAUGGUUUCAUGAUGGAUGUUGCGAAUGUGUUGGUGAACUGUGUUUAAAUUAUGGAUUAAACCAGAGCCGGUGUAAACACUGUCCAUUAAAAGGAACUGUUAUGCCAACAAUAAGUGAAGCUGAUUAUGGUGAUGAAGAAGAUGACGACGAAGAAAUGAUACAAUAAGUAAUGAAUUUUCAUUACUAAAGUAUUGUUUUUAAAUUUGUAUAUUAUAUUAUAAUUUUGUUGUUUUUCUAUAUUUUUUUUUUUUUUUGACAGAACUAUCAUAUCAAUAAAUUCCUACUCUGUAAUUUUAUAAAUAUUAUAAUUCAACUACUUAGAUGAGAACGUUUACUAGCC